ACUCUCUCUCUCUCUCUUACACGCACACAGUUUCUUUGAGAGGGUUUACAAUGGCGGGCUCUAAGAGAAUCACUAAGAAAAGGAAGCGGUCAUCUCGUUCACUUAGCCAUUCCUUAAGGGGAAUCAUAACUCGUAGCAAAUCCCAGAUCCAUGUUCACCGCAAUCGGUCAGGUAAAUCUCGAACCCACUCCAUCGGCGGCGGAAAACACCAAGAUCUGCGAUCGCUUUCCAAGAAGCCCAGAAAAAGCUCUCCACUUGAAGAUUCGGUGGGGUGCGAUUUAUCUUCCGUUUCCAUCAAGGAUCUCCGGUUAAGACGGGUCUUUUCCCCUUCUUCCACUGAUGGGGUUAUUCCUAACUGUUUGGUUGAUGCUCAUAAUCUGGGAAAAAGUGAGCUUUCUGGGAAUUGUUUGGAUGGAAGGAAAGAAGAAUCUGGAAAUGGGGAUUUUAGAAAGUCAGAGAUGUCGAAUGAGGAACUUUUUCAGUCAACUCCACCUGAUGUUGAGAUCGUUGGAGUUGAGCAAGUGGGUGUGAGAAAUGAAGGUGAAAAGAUCAAGAAAGAAAAGGGCUCUCCUGAAGAUAGAAAUGAAACGAACUACUCAAAGAAAUCGGUAAGAUUUUAAUGUCGUUUUGUUUC